AUGGCGACCGGGACGAGCUAUCCGGCGGCGGAUCCGCCGCGGACGGUAGUGAUUGGGCCGCAGUACUGCGUGGAUCACCCAAUUGACCUCACUAUCUUGCGCAAGGGUUUUACUUUUUCGUCGGAGAAGUAUGUGGUCAAAGACGUCAACGGCAACUUAAUGUUCAGAGUCAAAGGCAAGCGGCUCGUUGAUGCUGCCGGAAAUACGGUCGUCACUUUUCGCCAGAAGUCAUUUUCCUGCCAUAAAAGGUUUAAAGUGUUUAGGGGAGAGAGCAAAAAAGCAGAGGAUCUACUUUUCAGUGUUAAGAAAUCUUCACUGCUACAACUAAAGAUGAACCUCCACGUGUUUAUGGCUUCAAACACGGCCGAGGAAGUUUGCGACUUCAAAAUCAAAGGCAGCUUUUUCGAGACUUCAUGCGUCGUAUAUGCUGCAAGCUCCGAUAAAAUCAUAGCUCAGAUGAAGAAAAACUCGGGUUUUCUAUGUGUGAAUCACACGUUUGGGGUAGCUGUGCAUCCGAAUGUCGAUUACGCCUUUGUUGUUGUUCUCAUCGUGCCAGAGUACUCGCAUAGAAAUAUAGAGUAA